AUGGAACAAGCCGGCGUUGUGCCUUCUCAAGCCAAUUUCACCUUGCCAUGGGCAGGGUAUGACCCUGGCUUGCUCAACGCAACUGCCCAUCAACGCUUCCUGCAUAUCCUCGAGGAUAGCAUCAAGGACUUGGUCGAGAAGCGCAAGCAGAAAGAGUACCAGCUCGCCGUAGACAACUUCCGCCUCCGUGCUAACGAGAUUGCUAGACGGGAGGAGCAGAUCCUGCAGAGGAUCAACCGCCCUUCGUUCAAGCCUGACUUGAAGCCUUGGGAGCAGUUCCUUUUAAAGGGGAGCCCUGGCAGUGGUGUUGUCCUUCCUCCCUGCCCGCCUAACGGAUAUGUGCAGCUUAUGCCGAUUGGGGGUGUGGCUCUCCAUUUGAGGUGGCUAAGACGUACAUACAUGGUUGCAAAGAAUUACAGAGAAGCAAACCCGGCUUCUAUCUCGAGAAAACGUGACCCUCGGCGAAAUGUCAAUGCUUAUUCUAAUUACGAAAAGAACUCGGUUUUUAAUGAAGCCCUUUAUCCUACAAGUCAAGUUACGCAUCAAAACACUUGGCGCCGCAUGCCCAUCCCAAAGCAUAAUCGUGUUAUUGAUCGCCUGGAGAACUUCAAUGUUGUAAUCGAACGUCUUGAGAAUGAAGACCUCACUGAUUACAAUGGCGAACAGGAGGGUGUGAGGGCUAUACUCUACCGUACAAUUGUGGAAGAUAUCCCGUGCACUACUGAGUAA